AUGAAUGGAGUAAGUGGUGAAGGGCUCUCGCUUAGUGUCUAUCUCACGCCGGUUGUUUUUGUAGGCAUAUAUAUAAUCGGGAGGUAUCUGAUGCAUUUAAGGGAGCCUCCGAUGGUCACAAACGCCAUCGCAUCUACAAGCAGCAAUGAGAAGCAAAAGCGAGAGUAA